AACAAAACAGGACAGCCGCAGCGAGAAAUCGACCUGAAAACCCUGAAAACAAGGACUGUCUAGUCGCUGCCAGCAGCAAGGUUACUUAUUUACAGGUCAUUAAACCCUCAGGAUGAAUUACAAUUGGAGCGUGCCGUUGCCGUUUUUUGAAGCAGAAAACAAUGGCAGCACCUCCGACGAAACCAAGAGGAACAGCAAGAAAAACUGCUCUUUUGAGGUCGAGGACGCCGUUUUGUGCCAAGACAGGACGAGCAGCGAGUGGAACGAGGCCUCCAUUGUGGGCGUAACCUCCGAGAAGGAAAUUAAAUUCAACGUCCGCAGCAAACGGUCUGGACAGGUGGAGGACUCGGUCGAGCUGAAGUUUUUGGCGCCUGGCAGGGGCGUCGAGUUGUCCGCCGAGGAGCUGGAAAAGGGCAUGCGCCUGCUGGCCUUCAUGCUCAUGCCAAACUGCCACAGGGGCUGGUACAAGGUGCUCGUGACCAGGGUGGAGAAGGCGGCGAACAUGAUUCCGGAGGUGUUCGGAACGGUGUUGCUCGCUUUGGAGGAAAAAAUGGCGGAGCAGCGCGUCUUCUUUGCACACAGCACCUUCAAAUUCCCUGAGAUGACGCCGCGCGAGCAGUGGACCAGGCAGGGGAUCAGGAUCACCCUUAGAAAACAGUGUGAGCGGUGCGUGGAGAACCCGAGGUUCAAGUGCCGGACGUGCAGCUGCGUUUUCUGUGGCGUCAAAGGCGGAGCAAAGCCGCUGAUCACGUGCCGCGAUUGCGAAAACAAGUGUCACGUGUCCUGUGCCAACGCAGAAUCCAAAAAUCGCGCCAAUGAAAAAUGGUUGUGCACACGCUGCCGCAUUGAGGAGGAAGAAACGCGGGCAGUGUUCGCCGACCACUACCCCGAGAAGAAGCCGAAGAUUACUGUCCAGCCUCGCAGUGCGGCCGUCGUGGUGCCAGAAAAUCGCCACGGAAAAGUCCCUGGCGUGACCAGCGGCCAAUUCUGGGUCUUCAAGAAGAACGGUGUCGUCAUCGAGAAGCGACUGAAGAGGAAGUUGCCGGUCGAAGAGGUGAAGCCGAAGAAGGAAAUGCCGCCCUACGUUCUUCCCCCGUCCAUCGAGGGCCUGAUCAGAGAAGACGUGGCCAACGACAGAAACUGGAACGACCUGAGUGCCAGCCUCAAGCUCGGCCAUCCCUACUUCAUCGCUGCCCUGGCCAAGAAGUUUCGUUGCUGCGUCUGCAAGAAGGUGGUCAAAGAGCCAAUCACCUUGUCCUGCAGCCACAAUGCUUGCCUCCUUUGCUUUGAAAUGUCUUCGGAAAAGGCGCGCUGCCCCUGCUGCAAGGAAGCUGUCGAGGAGAAGGAAGUGAAGGUCAAUCAUCUCCUGGACCAGAUCCUCAACACCCUUCUACCAGGGUACAACCCAAAGAAGGCGUCGCCCAAGCUGGUCGAAGCCGAGGAGCAGUGAACAGAGUUCUUUUGUAGUCUUGUUUUAAGUCAUCUGUGAAUUGAAUAUUAGUCAAAUGCCAGUUUGCUGGAAUAUUUUAUAAAGAGGAAGGAUAUUGUGAUGACUUUUGACAUUCCAUUAAUUCAAGGAUCUUUCUCAUCAAAUAGAAUUUCUUUUAUUGUUGUUUAAAAUAGCUGAUAGUUGUAUCAAAUAAACUGACUUUUA